AUGAAGGAGAGGGCGGCGGGGAACCAGAAGAGGCUCUGCGAUUUCUCCUCUCCGGCGGUACCUCAUCUCGUCCACGGAAUGGGGCCGCGUCUGGUUUUCCGGCCGUCCUGAAGAUCCGGCCGAAAUGGGGGGAGGAUCCCGGCGGUGGCCUCCCGCCGCCAACUUCAUCGGGACUCUGCUGCUCGUCUUCUGUGAGCACCUCCCACCGAACUUCUCCCGCAUUCUCCUCCCGAGCGAUCUGCGACCCCAUCUGAAUUGUCAUUUCUUCCCUUCGUUCGAUGUCUCUUCCUGUGGUUGUUCUCUGUUUUUUUUUCUUUUUUUCUCUUCAUUCAGGAACGGCAGUUCUCGGAUGUAAGGUGUUGUUCAUCUCUGCGAAUUCGGCCGGGAUUUGAUUUGUCCGUUCCCGAGUGUGGUGUUUCUUCGUGCUCCGUAAUUUGGUUGAUAUUGGCCAUUGUUUCGAACGAUCGAUCAAUCAUAGUCGCAGAUUUAUCGGUUUAUUUAUCUGCUCCAGUCUCGAUUCUAUGGCAUUUGCUUCCUCUUCCCAUCGCCAGACAUUCAAGCUGAAGAGAGAUCUUCAUGGCCGAGGCCCGACCAUUUAAGCUUUCAUCACCGUCUCGGAUCGCCUCCUACCAUUCCUUUCCCCGUAUUUACUUCUGGAGAUCCUCCUCUUCUCAGGUUUGUGGGAAUUCUGCUUCAGAUUCCUGGACGCUGCUGCAAUUCCCAGCCUCGCAUUGCAUCAUCAGGAUGACCACAUUCUGAAGGAGGACAAGGAAAAGCCCAGCGUCCUCCUCCCCGACACCUCUCCGAGCAGGGCGCCUCAACCCUUCCUCCCUUUCCUCGCGCCUUCCCCGCUGGCGCCCUUCUCCAACAACAUCAUCCCUAAAUUAUCAGGUUCAGCUCCGCCAAAAUCCCUGUAAAAUCUGACGAUGAUUUGCACGUCCUGAGCGAUCCUCGUCUCCGUCGAUAGGGCUAUGCGCGCUGAAUUUCUCCUCCGCGGAUAGCAUGAUCAGGACCACCGCCGUCGACUGCUGGACCUCCCUGGCGCCAUUCCUAGCCAACGUGAUCUGCUGCCCGCAGUUGCAGGCGACGCUCGUCGUCCUCCUCGGGCAAUCGAGCAGAGAGACGGGAUCGCUCGCACUGGACGCCGCCCACGCGAACCACUGCCUCUCGGACUUGCAGAAGAUCCUCGGGAGCCAGGGCGCGAACGAGGACCUGCGGCAGAUCUGCUCCGUCCACCCGGCGAAUCUCACCAAGGGCAGCUGCCCUGUUGGGGACGUCGACGGGGUCGAGAGCGUCGUUGACUCCUCGCAGCUCUUGGCCGCCUGCAAGAGGGUGGAUUCGGUCAACGAGUGCUGCAGCCAGAUCUGCCAGAACGCCAUUCUGGACGCUUCCAGGAAGAUGGCGCUCAGCGGCGGCGACCUGCCCGGCGCAGACGGAGCUCUCUUGCUGCCCGAGGAUUUGCCCAGAAUCGACGGCUGCAAGAACAUCGUCAUGAGGUGGCUGGCCAGUCGGCUGGAUCCACCCUCUGCAAAACAACUGCUCAGAAGGAUUUCCAAUUGCAAUGUGAAUAGAGGUAAAUCUGGGUAUGCCUCUGCAUGUUUAUUGGUGGCUUCAAUCCUCGCAUAAAUCUCACGUUUUUAAAGAAUCAAACCCGUAUACAUUUCCUGAUGUAUGAUUUCAUAGGAGCCAUUUUUUGAGUUGGUGGGGUUCACUAUCUUUUGGGUGCUAAUUAUUAACCUUCAUAAAGACUUGAAGAAGGCUUACAAGAUGUAGAGAAAUUCUAUGCCUUCGAAUUUUUUUCUCCUGUUUGCUAAAUCCUUUGGGUUCUUAAUUAUAUCGCAGUGUGCCCGUUGGUCUUCCCUGAUGCCAAAAGUGUGGCGAGAGACUGUGGGAAUGCGAUCAGCAACAGGACUGCCUGCUGCGUGGCCAUGGAUAACUACGUGUCCCACCUACAGAAGCAGAGUUUUAUCACCAAUCUUCAGGCGCUGGACUGUGCUUCCCAGCUGGGUCGCCAGCUGCAGGAGAUGAACAUAAGCGCGAACGUGUACAGCCUUUGUCAAGUCACCCUGAAGGAUUUUUCUCUGCAAGGUUUGGGAGAACUUGGUCGCAUGUGAAGUGCUCAUCCUCAUUUGGUAGGAAAUAAUAGUCUGCUUACUGAUGUAACUUCCUUUUUUCCUGCUGUGUUCUUUUUGGUGGUGGGAUCUGCGAACGGUGAACCAGUUGGCUCGCAAGGUAAUAUUUUACUCUGCUCUUUGCGGCUUUGGCUUCUUUUGUUGAGACAUUGAUGCUCUUUAUGAGGGAGAACUGCGUUAUGGACCUUAGGACUGGCACAGAGAGGGAGAGGGAGAGGGAGAGGGAGAGGAAUGGGAGAGAGAGAGAGGGAGAGAGAGAGAGAGAGAGAGAGAGAGAGAGAGUCCAGGGGGAGUCUCAUCCGACCCACUUAUAAACCAUCAAAAAAUAUCUUUGUGAGACUUAUCAACGCAUGCUACGUCUUACCUUGGCUUGUAGCUAUUUUUAAUUCACUUGUCAUAGGUUUUUUCUAACGAUAUUAUUUUCCUGGCCUUAAUCUUAACUUUGAAUUAACUUCAAGCAAUGAACUUACACCUCUAGUCAUCGGUUCCCAUUUGUGCUGGUUCCAGAGUCGGGAUGCCUCCUGCCCAGCCUGCCCUCCGAUGCAACGUUCGACCAGUUCUCAGGCAUCAGCUUUACUUGUGACUUGAAUGACAACAUUGCGGCUCCAUGGCCUUCUGCAUCUCUGCUGACAUCUUCCUCCUGCAAUAAAUGUAUGCAUCCUGGCAUUUUCCACGUGGCACUUAUAUCCCGAUUUUUAAUGUUUAUUUCACAGGUUAACUAGAGUUUUGGCUUUGCAUGAGAUCCAUAGGAUUGAAGAUGUUCUUAUCAAAUGUGGUUUUUAAAAUUAUAAAAUUUAUUUAUUCCUAUUGAUGACCCAAAACUUAUGUUGAUCUACGGAAGGAAGUUAGCUACUGGAUUUAAGAUAUUAUGUAAAUGUUUCAUGGCAGUUGACACCACAUCAAUCUAAAGCAUCUGCAAGCCGCAUGCUUGCCCACUCCAAGGGCCCCAUCCCACAUAAAAGUGUCUAGGCAUUGCUAGUAGACAUUAAAUUAAUAAUUUAAAACUGCUAAAAAUAGUAGGAUUGAGCUUCUACUGAAAGAAAUAGUAGUUCUGGUGCAUUUCUGAAUGGGAUAAGAUUUUAGGGGUCAAAGUGGUGUUGAUUAGGGAGCAGCAUCUAAUUAUUGGCAUUUUCGAGAUCAAAAUCUAGAAUUACCUUCUUUUACUCGUCAGCUUUCAUGCAAUAUAAUGUUGACUGUAAAAUUUUCGCUCAGUGUUUCUCUUCCCAUGCUCAGCAGUAGUUGAGGUUACGGUGUGGCAGAGGAGCUAACAUUCAACAACAUUUCGCAAGGGCAGGCGACAUAUUUGUGUUUUUUUGUGAUUUUGCCAAUUGGAAUGGUCUCAAGAAAAAUAUGAAUGUGUUUUCCAUCUUAUCUAAUUUCAUCACACCAUAUUGGAUCUAGAAUAAGCAAUAUGUUAUAUAUUUAAAUCAAAGCCUUCUUUUUUUUGUCAAUUUUAUUUACUUUUUAUGGGAUUGAGUGCCCGAGCUUUCUUCCCUACUUCAAGUUGUAUCUUGUUUCCAGGACCUUGUACUUUUGCCUGUGUCAAGGAUUAUCACAUGUUGAAAGAUGAAUGCUUCCGUUUUUUUCCUUUGCAUUUUCCUGGAUGCUAAAAUGUUGCCUGAAAAUUGCAGCGGUCACCCUACCAGCCCUUCCUGCUGCAACUUCAGGACAGAGCGGUAAACUUUCUGCCUACUCGCAUGUUAUGCUUAACUUUAAAUACAUUGAAAAUGAUUCUGUUAUUGUUCAUGGGCCUUCUAUAAUUGAAAUGCAAUGGGAUGUGUUCCUUACAGGCGGAAAAAAGUUCAAUUUAUUUGGCGUUAAUCAAACAAAAAAGGUUUUUAUGUUUCAUGGCAGUCAAAUAUCUGUAUGAUGACUCAUAUGUGGAUCAGUAUUUUAAUCAGCUGGCGGAGCCCUUUUUUACCACAAUUAAGGGAAAAUUUAUUGAAUCAUGUAGUUUGGCCUCUAUGUUGAUAACAUGAUUCGGCCACUUGUGAUUGACAUGCUCAUCUAAAUUACGCGAUAAAGUGCUUUGCAUUAUUGAUCUCUCUUAUGGGCUUUUUGGUUAUUCAGCGCCAUCGUCAAAGUAUGGAGAUCAAUCGAGCAUUUCUAUAACAAGACUUAUUUAAUCUCGUAUGUCCUCCUGGAUUUAUGUCCUGAUGCAUCUAUCUGUAGACGCUUGUUCAUCAAAACUAAAUGAUCAGGCCCUCUGAUUAGCGGUUCGAGCGUCUGUUUCCACCUCUUGCAGGCCUUUUGGUUCUUCAACUCCAUCAUUGCUGUAUUUCUAUCCAUCAGACCUUGAUAUAGGAAGAUUUUCUUGAAUCAUCUGGCGUGGCCUCCUGGAUUUAUACUCUGAUGUCUGCGAUCACUUUGAUCACCAGGACUUACACAAUUAAGUGCUUUAAAAUAUUGAUUGAAUAAUGGUUCAAUCACUUGUUUCCAUUCUCUCGUGAGGCAUUAGGUUAUCCAGCUGCAUCAAAGGAUCCGUAUCUAUCAAAAAAAUUACAUUUUGUGAAAUAAUCGGGUUGUGCAGCUCAAUUUCACGAUCUACCCCUAUCACAUUUAAUGUGAGGUUCUUCUACUAUGCAGAAAACUUGAGUAAUUAAGCACUGGUCAUGAGAUUUCGUUGGUGCUUUAAUCUAAAAGAGUAUUCUAGCAACCCUUUAAUGGCAGUCUAUUGAAUCGAUUUUAAAGGCUCUUCUGUUAGUUUUUUUUUUUUCCCUUCCCUCGAUGGAUCAACCCGUUCCUUUUUUUUAUUUUUAUGUUAUUUGUAGUCAUUUAA